AUGAUAAAUCUUACUAAGGGAAUCUCAAAUUCUUUAUUAAAAAAUAAGGCUAACUUUUUACAAAAGAAGUAAUUUUUAAAUAGCAUCAAUUACUGGUUUUCUGUUAUUCCUCAUGAAAAAAAAGUUCACAUUUUGUACAGUGAUUAUAAUAAUAUUCAUUUCAAUUUAGCUACUGAAGAAUAUCUUUAUGAGCACUCUGAUUUGAAACACCCUACUCUAUUUUUAUGGAGAAAUGAUAAAACAAUAGUCAUCGGGAGACAUUAAAAUCCUUGGAAAGAAUGCUUUAUAUAAAAUAUGGAGAAAGACAAUAUUAAUUUAGCUAGAAGAAGAACAGGUGGUGGAGCAGUUUAUUAAGAUUUAGGAAAUUCUUGUUUUUCAUUUUUGACUCCUAUUUUUGAUGAAUCUUUACCUCUUGAUUCCAAAAAAGUAAACAAUAAGAUUCUUUUAUAAGCCUUGAAAAAUGUUGGGAUAGAAGCAGAGUUUUCUGGAAGAAAUGAUUUACUAUUUUAAGGAAGAAAGAUAUCAGGAUCUGCAUACCAAAUAAAUCUUGGAAAAACAGAUGGGACAGGUAAAAAAGCACUUCAUCAUGGCACAAUGCUUUUAAAUGUAGAUACUCAAAAUGUGAAACAAUAUUUAAACCCAAACAAAGAAAAGCUUAAAAGCAAAGGAGUUGAUAGUGUUAUUUCUAGAAUAAUUAAUUUACAAGAAGUUAAGCCUGAUCUAGACCAUAAGAUGCUUUGUGAUUUGAUAGAACAAGAAUUUAUAAACCAUUAUCAAGGAUAUGAGGUUAUUAGAGAUAAUUUAAAAUAUGAAUCACUCUAGAACUAACCUAAAAUAAAAGAAAUAUACACAGAACUUAAAUCAUGGGAUUGGAUUUAUGGACAUACUCCUUAAUUUACAAAUACCAUUGAAACAAGAUUUGAUUGGGGUAUAGUUGAUGUAAACUUCUAAGUUAAUAACAAUGUUAUCAAAGCUUGCAAGGUUUGGAGUGACUGUUUAUAUGCAGACUAUAUUACAAGAAUAAAUUAAUUAUUUAACGAAUAUUAAUUUACCUAUGAUUAGUCAGGAAUGUAAUAGUUAUGUCAUCUUGUCAAAUUAGAGUUCUACACAAAUCCUGAUUUAGUAAAAUUCACAGAACAACUUGAAGAUUGGCUUAAACGUUCAAUUUGA